AUGAAGCUCUGUUUUGAAUGGAUAUAUCUUAUAUGGCUGCUAUUAGUGACACCAGUAACAUUCGCUUUGAAGCCUCCUCAUUUGGAUGAAUUUUAUGAUCCUCCAAAAGAAUAUCAUGGGACGCGUUUGGGAGAAAUACUAAAAGUUAGACAACCACCAGGUUCAAUUCGUUCUUACCUUGCACCGGUCAAUGCUAUCUCAUGGCAACUUCUUAUUAGGUCUGAAGACUCUUUUGGUAAUCCCAAUUCAAUUUCUGCCACCAUAUUAGAGUCCCAAGACUCAGAUUCCACUAAAAUAUUAGCAUAUCAAGCUUUUGAAAACUCCGCUACCGGUGAUUGUCGACCCUCAUAUGCGAUUCUUUCUGGGUCGUUUGAAACUUCCCAAAUUCAAGCAGAGCUUGCAUUUAUCUCAAUGGCGUUGUCGAAAGGGUGGUUUGUAUUAAUACCUGAUUAUGAAGGGCCUCACCUGUCAUUUCCGGCAGCAAAAAUAUCAGCCUUUUCAGUAAUGAACGCCAUGAGAGCUGCCAGGACAUUCAUCAAUAAAGACGCUCACUUUGCCAUGUUGGGAUAUUCUGGUGGUGCCUUGGCAUCAGCUUGGACUGCAAUCCUCCACCCUCAAUAUGCACCAGAAUUGAAAAUCGUCGGAGCUGCAAUGGGAGGCACUAUAACCAACAUUAGUGCCUUGGUUGAAACUGUGGAUGGGGGUCCAUAUGCUGGCCUAGUGGUGAAUAUAUUAAAUGGGUUGGGAAAUGAGUAUCCUAGGUUUAAAUAUGCAAUUCACAGGUACGGGUUGAAUUUAAGAAACUAUUGUUUGAUUUCAGCGGCAAUCCACUACUUUGGCUCCAAAUUCAACGUUGACGUUUACAAAAACUUCUUGCAAAAUGGAAUCAUAAGGUACUAUUUUAACAAAAAUAGCCUUUUGGGUAAGCCAGCGCCAAAGAUGCCAGUCUUCAUAUACCACUCUGUGCUCAAUGAAAUGUCACCAAUCAAUGAAGUGCAUAAAUUGGUUAAUCAAUGGUGUGCACAAGGUGCAAAGUUGGAAUUUUCCGAAGAUUUAAGUUACAAUCAUAUGGUGGAAGCAUUCACUGGUAUACCUGCAGCAUUAACAUGGUUGGAAAAUAGAUUUGAAUUGAGAGAAACUCCAAGCAAAUGUGUCUGGGAAAAGCGGAUUUCAAACUUAAUGUAUCCCGGUAGUUCAACUUUAAUCAAAGAGCAUUUAAAGUAUUCUAUAUCGCAAGUUUUAUCCAAAAUCAAUUUUUUUUCAUAA